GGGGCAGCAUCUUUUGGCCGGCCGGUGCAGGCAUCUAGAAAGUCGGUUAUGGCAGCUACCAGUGUCGUUGUAUUAGAUAGGGGAAAUAACACCACCUGCACUAUCAACUUACACGGUGCUACUGUGGUUUCUUGGAGAGUUAAUAAUCAAGAGCAACUGUUUGUCAGCAAACAAGCAGUAUUUGAUGGCAAAAAGGCAAUCAGAGGUGGAAUUCCCUUCAUAUUUCCACAAUUUGGACCCUGGACAAUUGGCCCACAACAUGGAUUUGCUAGAAUUAUUCGCUGGCACUUAGAAAAAGCACCAGAACGGCUAGCAAGUGGAGAUGUGGAAGCAGUAUUUUCCAUAUUAGAUACAGAUUUCACAAGAUCAAUGUGGAACUAUCCGUUUAGACUGACAUACAGACUGAUUCUUCGUGAAAAAGAACUACAUUUCAACAUAGCUGUUUACAACCCCAGCAAAGACUUGACUUUUAGCUUUAACAUGUUACUGCACACAUAUUUCAAAGUUCCUGACGUGAGACGUUGUCAGAUCACUGGAUUGCAAGGGUGUACCUUCAUAGACAAAACCAGGGAAGGGGCCGUCUAUCAAGAGGUUCGCGAUGUAGUAACUAUCAAUGAAUGGACUGAUCGAAUUUAUCAAAACACCCCUCAAGAACACAUCAUCACAAAUGUGGUAUCGGGACGCAAAAUGAGAAUCCAGAAGUACAACUUCCCUGACACUGUAGUAUGGAACCCAUGGGUUGAUAAUGCCAAAGACAUGUCUGAUUUCGGGGACGAUGAAUACCCGAAUAUGGUUUGUGUAGAAGCAGGGCAUGUUUCAAGUCCUGUAAUACUACUUCCAGGAACAGCAUUUGAAGCUAGCCAAAUACUUCAGGUUAUGUGA